CCUUUGAUUCAUGCCAUUCUGAAGCGCGUUUGGACCGCGCGAACCCUUGAGCGUGAAAGAAUCGAAGCCAACGAAGCGUUGGAUUCUGAGGCAGGAGCUGGAACUUCCAAGAAGAGUCGGCCAACUUCUGUCAAUGGCAAUGCACUAAAGCUUUCUUGUGAACUCGUUCGGGUUUUCGUCACAGAGGCUGUUCAGCGGGCUGCUGCAGUUGCGGAGGCAGAGGGAAGUACUCAAAUAGAACCUUCUCAUUUGGAGUUUAUUCUGCCUCAGUUACUUCUAGAUUUCUAAAGCAUUUUAAGAUACUUGUUUGUAACUUCUGGUGCCCCCUAUCAUUAUCUAUUAGAAAACCAAUUAUGCUUUGUUGAUGGAAGAUGUAUUUGAUACCAUCUAAUUCCCCACAUGUAAGAGUGAAAAAACGUGGGUUGAGAAUUUUCAACUUUUUUCACAGGGGGGGCUAAACUUCUGCUGCUUGAUUAACGAAUGUAUAGUUAGCAAUGGAGAUGGGACGAUUUUCUUGUGCUCAUCUUUGACAAUAAUGACUUAGUAGCUCAUGAGUUGACUUGAUAAAUAUUAAAAUGUAA